UUCACGAUGGCACAUCAAGUUCAGGACCGCGGGACCCUUUUCACUCAAUUCCUCUGGAUUUACAUCAGCUGAUGAUCUUUCUUGUAAACUCAAAACUUGUGAAGAUUUCCACUUUUCGGAUUUUACAAACUCAUUUAACUCCUUUUUAUAUUUGCCGUCACUCAAGGUUGUAGGAAUUUCAGAGAAAGGUAGACCACAGAGAGCGGAUCAUCUUAUGGAAAUUACUACGCGUUUGGAGCGCGCGUCCGGCGGCAGCCGUCAGUCUGCGCGUUUAAAGAUGCUGAAGGGCAUUAAAAUAGAGGCUCGUCUGCAGACUGACGCCAGGUCUCUGGAUGCUAUGACCGGCGGGGACUCCUCCCGGCAGGCCGUGUGUGCGGGCUGCACGCGGGUCAUCUCAGACCGCUUCCUGAUGCGGGUCAACGACGCGUCCUGGCACGAGCGCUGUCUGCAGUGCGCCGCGUGCCAGCGGCCGCUCACCGCCACCUGCUACUUCAGAGACACCCAAGUCUACUGCAGGGCUGACUACCAGCGGUUGUUUGCCACCAAGUGCAGUGGCUGUUUGGAGAAGAUCUCAUCCACAGAGUUUGUGAUGCGAGCUCUGGAGAGUGUUUACCACCUCAGCUGCUUUUGCUGCUGUGUCUGUGAGCGCCAACUGUGCAAAGGAGACAAGUUUGUUCUGAAAGAAGGUCAGCUGCUAUGCAAGAGUGACUAUGAGAAAGAUAUGGACUUGCUGAGCACAGUCAGUCCAGAGAACUCUGACUCAGAUAAGAGUGACAGUGAGAAUCUGGAUGUCAAGAUAGAGAAGUGCCCUGCAACAGGGAAAGGCAGCAAUGACAGCAAAGACACUCGUCAGCCCAAACGGCCGCGCACCAUCCUCACCUCCCAGCAGAGGAGAGCCUUCAAGGCCUCCUUCGAGGUCUCCUCUAAACCCUGCAGGAAGGUGAGAGAGACGCUGGCUGCAGAGACAGGACUCAGUGUUCGUGUGGUCCAGGUCUGGUUCCAGAACCAGAGAGCAAAGAUGAAGAAGUUAGCCUGCAGACAACAGCAACAGCAGGAGCAACACAACUGCCAAAAGCUAGGCCAAGAGGGGAUAUCUGGUUGUAUGGACAGUCUGCUCAGCUCCUACUCGGGGCCUCUACCUCCAAACCAGCAGCAGCAUUUGGUGACCAUGGAGAGCAACAGAUACAACCCUGACCCCUUCCAGCAGGGCCUCACCCCACCACAAAUGCCUGGCGACCACAUGAACCCUUACAGUAAUGACUCCAUUUUCCACGACAUUGACAGUGACACUUCUCUGACAAGUCUAAGUGAUGGCUUUAUGGUCACUAAAGAUGUAGGCUCCUUGCAGCCUCGGGCAGGGAACCCCAUCGACCACCUGUACUCGAUGCAGAGCUCCUACUUUGCCUCCUGAGAUCUCGCCAUAACUGCCAGUCCCACCUCCCAGCCCAUGAACAGUGAGCACAUGACAGUGCAGACACACAAGUCACAGGGUCACCCUGCAAGACGUAAAUAUGCAGGGAAAUAUGACUGCAGGACAGAAUCCAUCAAUAUACAGUAUCUGACUUCCAUCAGCCAAAGGAAAAUGAAAACUUGAGACUGAAACUUGACUUUUCCUCAUAGCCCCAACGGUCAGUAUAGGGGUUUGAUACAGUAGAUUUGGCCCUUCAGCUGCAGCCAUUUUGUUGGAGAAGUACUGACAGGUGAUGAAUUCAAGGUGUUGGGCUGCCAGAACAGCUUCAGCACGCCUUGGCAUUGAUCUCUGAGCUCUACUGGAGGGAUGAACAUUGUAUUGUGUCAUGAGGAUAAUUCAGUAAUUCAGAUAUCCUGAUCAAAAACCCCUAGUCCUUUAAACAAACUGCAUCUGCUAAAUAAUUGUAUUCAUGUCUGUGGUGUGUGCGCAAAUCCAUAUGUUCAACUUAAUUUCACUUCUUUUCCUCAUAUAACCUCAUAAAAGAAAAAACAGUAAUGGAAGUCAUUAUAUUCUUUAGGUUUAAUGCACACAACACAUACUUUAAUUUACAUAAUGUACUGUACAAAAUAAAAUG